AUGGCAUGUCAUGCCGAGAAAUAAGUAGGUGUAUGGAAGGAAGCGGGAAAUAGGUAUAUAAAGAGGACAAGUCGAUGGAUACAGGACAUGUAGAAAAAGACCAAGACUAUUACAAAGUACCCAAUUAAUCAAUAUCAAUAUACACAUCACCAAAAUGAAUUCCGCUGGAGACCGAUCCGUCAUCUCGAAUGACAUGCAGGAGCUUCGCGAGGGCGGCGAAGAGAUCUCCCACAAGAUCCAGGGCCACAAGGCGAACCUCUCCAACCCCAACACCAGCCAGGCCAGCAAGGAGAACAGCCAGAAGGAGAUCGAGGCGCUGGGAGGAGACGCAAACCACUAUGGCAACGAGUCUGAUCCUCGAAGCAAGAGCGCAGCGGACAACUUGGAGGGAAGCCGAGUUGGUUGAAUAACUUGAGUAAUGAUUAAUGAUAUAAUAUGAUAUCCAUAUUGAAC